AUGUCACCGUCCACAAAGACCAGCAAAGAUCCCCCCUUGACGGCUGGAGGUGUGCCCGAGGAUCUUGUACUCAGGUCCAAUGACAGCCCGCCGAGCUCGAGUGCCAUACCCAAGGAGCUGAGCUUCGUGGCCUUCAGAGACAAUAUCCAGUUCUCCUAUCUCUUUGACAAUUUCGUGUGGAGCAGCUAUGGUUCGCCGUGGCUCCAGAUGUCUGCUGAGGGAAAGCUUGACGCCCUGUCACUGGAGGCCUGUCGAGCGUUCUCUCUCAGCAUCUUCGGGAGGCACCAUCGGCAAGCCGAGAUAGAAGUAAACGGCGCCAUACAUUACGACAAGACAGUUCGGGCCCUAUCAUCUCGACUGUCGAAUGUGGGGGCGCCGGGUAGUGAGAAUCUGAUCGUACCUAUCAUGAUCCUUCUCAUGCACUCCUCGAGCACCCCAGACCCUCAGGCCUCUGCGUUUCACAUUCAAGGACUGCUGAACCUCAUCCAAAUCUGCGGCCCAGAGAGGUUUGCGACCGGCGCGUUGAGGCUCGCAUUUGAAUCAUGUCGGGCCACGCUGGUAAGCGAACUUGAGAGCCUCCCCUCACGCCGGAUGUUGAGCUCCGUGAACGCUGAUGUACCUUCUUCGCCGCCGCAGGUUACCGUGUCGCUGAUCACCAGGACGCGAACUUUUCUAGAGCAGCCGGAAUGGCUGAGCGAACCGUGGGCGACGUGCGGCGAAUACAACAAAACCCCACAGAAUCGCCUCGUCGACAUCCUGGUCCACAUCCCCGGGUUCCUGCAGGACCAGGCGCAGCUCGAACAGGCAUCGUCGGAACAGUUUCGGCUCGAACUCAUCCAGCGGAUUGAGUACCAGAUCGCCAAAGCCCACAACUGGCGGUGGCAGUGGGAAGAGAUGAACCCGACGGUCGCGUGGGAGGUGGACCCGGAGACGCUGCCCAUGGCCGACCAAAUCCUCGCCCAGCCGCGCCCCAUCCGCAAAGUGCUGGUCUUCUCCUCCUUCACAAAGGCCACGGAGCUGGCGCUCUACAACGCCAUCCUCCUCUUCCUGCUGGGCCUGCUGUGGACGCUAAAACCCCCGGAAUCAGACUCGCCGGCGGACGUCCGCCUCUCGAGCCCGUCCGCCCUCUUCCUACCCGGCGACGUCGACUCGCUGGUCGAGCCGGCCGUCGAGAUCUGUCGCGCGUUCGAGUUCCAGCUCCUCGCCGCCAAGAGCGGGCGCGACUCGGCCCUGUUCUGGCUGUUCCCGCUGGGCCUCGCGAGCAAAGCCCUCGAGGACAACCCGGACUACAUGGCCUGGAUCAAGAGCAUGCUCGACAUCUCCCAAGUCACGCGGGGCUACGGCACCGGCGCAAACACCUACGGUUUCGGUUUCUACCGCCUGCCCAAGAUCCGCCGGAAGCGCUCCAACGAACGGCCCAUGAUCCAGCCCCAGUACGACUCCGACUUGCUCAGACAGAUCUCUGAGGGUUCCUCUUCUCCCGAUGCACUGCCGUGA